AUGUAUUUGGACUCGAAGACGACAUUGGAUUUGAUCCAAAUUCAAAGGGUACUAUAUCACCCGCAGAAAAGAACCAGCAUAUCUUUUGAAAAUGUGUGCGAGACCACCAGCAUCCAUGGAUGUCCAAGAAAGGAUGGUCUUCCUUUCCUUAGAAAAAUAUUAUAUAUCCAGAAUGACGAAGCGCGCUGUGGAGUUGCUGCAGAACCACAAGGUCCCCGAAGGCCGAAAGCGGAAUGUGGACCAAGAAGACCAACGAACGAUGGUGUUUUUGCAGAGAGUAGAUUUUUGCUGAGCUAUUGUGAUUCCAUUCAUAGAGUAGCAUUUGAAGUAAGUCUCAAAAAGCACAUUGGUAAAGCUCUUAGUCACAGGGUCCAGCGGAAGCAUGAUUUGCUGUGA